AUCACGUGACUUCUGGUCGUAAACAUGGCGGCCACGCUGAAGCAGACUGUGUUCGCCGGAGGUGUUAAAUCGGGUUUAGCUGUUUUAUUUGGUAUGUGUUUACUGUGUGUGUCUGUUCGAGCUGAAAUACGAACCGCAGUUCUAGACAAACAAACCGGACAGCUGUCUGUCAUCGAGGGCUAUCGAGAGGAUUUUGUAGCCUGGGGAAACUUCACUGAUGACAUCAAAACAUCAGGCUGGUCCUUCUUGGAGGUCACGACCAGCAGCCAGUAUAAUGACAGUCUGCAGGCUUAUGCUGCUGGUGCAGUGGAGGCUGCACUCACGUCUCAGCUCAUCUAUAAGCACUGGAUGAACACUCUGAUGGGUUACUGCGGACCCUUCACGUCUCAAACCGGUUACUGCGAUCGUCUUAAGGCUUUCAUUGCAACCAAUAUGCAGUGGGUUCAGGAGCAAAUAGAGAAGCAGCCAAGUUCACCCUACUGGCACCAGGUGCGCCUGGUGCUCCUGCAGCUGAAAGGCCUGGAGGACAGCUACAAUGACGAGCUUUCAUUUCCAACAGGGUCUUUCUCCCUUAACCCUUUUGGCUUCCUACUUUUCCAAAUGGGCGGAGAUUUAGAAGACCUGGAGUCAGCUCUGAACAAAUCCAGCCAAACUCGACCUCUUGGCUCUGGCUCCUGUUCUGCUCUCAUCAAGCUGUUGCCGAACACUAAGGAGCUGCUCGUGUCACAUGAUACCUGGAACGUGUACCAGGCCAUGCUGCGCAUCAUGAAGAAAUACAUCUUUGCCUUUAACGUGUCUCCUUCAGACCAGAGUCUUCUCCCUGGAGGAAUUCAGGCCUUCUCAUCUUACCCUGGAUCUAUCUUCUCUGGAGAUGACUUUUAUAUUUUAAGUAGUGGCUUGGUCACAUUAGAAACCACCAUUGGGAACAGUAACCCCGCGCUCUGGAAAUACGUUCAACCCUCGGGAACGGUCAUGGAGUGGCUGAGAAACAUCGUGGCAAAUCGGCUGGCUACUACCGGCAAGGAGUGGGCCACAACAUUCAGCAAGUUCAACAGUGGAACAUAUAACAACCAGUGGAUGAUUGUGGACUACAACCAUUUCACUCCAGGAAAGACUGACACUAAAGAGGGGCUCUUUGUUGUGCUUGAGCAGAUUCCGGGACUCAUUGUUUACACUGAUAAAACUCAGGAACUGCUGGAGAAAGGCUACUGGGCAAGUUACAAUAUACCGUACUACGUGGACAUAUUUAAUGCCAGUGGCUGCAACGAGCUGGUUGAGAAGUUCGGCCCUUGGUUCUCUUUGGACCAGAAUCCUCGGGCUCAGAUUUUCAGGAGAAACCAGACGGCUGUCACAGAUCUGGACUCAAUGGUCCGCCUCAUGAGGUAUAAUAACUUCAAAGAAGACCCGUUGUCUAGGUGUGAUGGUUGUGAUCCACCUGGGAAUGGAGAGAAUGCAAUCUCGGCCCGAUCAGACCUGAAUCCAGCCAAUGGAACAUAUCCGUUUGGGGCUUUAAAGCAGAGACCACAUGGAGGAACAGACAUGAAGAUGACCUCUUAUGCGAUGUUUCGUGACUAUGGUAUGCUGGCAGCAAGUGGACCCACAUGGGACCAGGUGCCACCCUUCCAGUGGAGCACAUCCCCUUACAAAGACCUUAUGCACAUGGGUCACCCUGACACUUGGACAUUCAAGCCCAUAAAAGUCACAUGGACUCCAUAAUUGAUGUAAUACUCUGCAUACAAAUGAAAUGAUAUUUUAAAUGCUGCCAGCUGUGCUGUUUGCAAUUUCAAUAAAGGGAUAUUCUACUACUUAGUAUUCUACUAAAGUGUGGCAAUAAUUGUUUGGCACUGUUAAGUAUAAUGUUAUUGCACUAUUUACAAAAGUUAAGCACAGAAAGUUCUACAAAAUCUUGACUGAGGCAAUAAUGGGUCGAAUCAGAUUUUUACACUUUGCUGUUGUAAAGUGGAUGCUUCUUCCUUAGAGAAUGUCUGCCUUUGGUUUUUUCUUUUUAAGAUUUUGUUUGUAAUGCAAACUGUGUGAAAAUGCUGAUCCCACUAAUUCAUGAUGGCUUUGGGAGUCAUUGGAGUUGAAAAAGAUUUCCAAACGAUUACUCCUUUCUUUAGGAAAGCACCAAGAAGUUACUGGAAAAAGAUGAAAAUGCCUUGAUGAUUUGUUCUUCUAUAAAUACAUCAAAUAUGUUUUUCUAAACACAAA